ACUCAAUUACUCACCUUGGAAACUUGCACUAAGAAUCCUCAAAGACUUGAUUGAAGAUGCUUGUAUUACUCCUUGGAAUCAUUAUUCUGCACAUUGCAGUCCUGGUCCUGUUGUUUGUAUCUACUAUAGUUAGUAGCUGGUUGGUGGGCAACAACUACUCAGCGGACCUUUGGCAGAACUGCAGUGGGACAGCGACUAGCACCUGGCAGUGUCUGUCAGCCUCCAACAAUGAGUGGCUCCAGUCAGUCCAGGCCAUGAUGAUCCUGUCUAUUAUCUUCAGCGUUCUGUCUCUGUUCCUGUUCUUCUGCCAGCUCUUCACACUGACAAAAGGUGGAAGGUUCUACCUAACGGGACUCUUUCAGGUGCUUGCUGGGCUCUGCGUAAUGGCUGGUGCCUCCAUCUUCACCGUGCGGCACACAGAAUGGCAGACGCAGGAUGUCACCGGCUAUGGGUUUGCUUACAUCCUGGCGUGGGUGGCCUUCCCUCUUGCUGCCAUCAGUGGCAUCAUAUAUAUCAUCUUAAGAAAACGUGAAUAAACACUGGAUGAGAUGGAAGACGGGGAAGAAAGAAACGCUAAUCAAAAAAACAAACAAAAAGUCAAAAGGGGAACCCAGAGAAUUGAAUUCAAACCUUACAUUACCUCCCCUCACCAAAGAGAGAGUGGUGGGGGCAGGUUCCUGUGUUAAUUGAAGAUGUAAAUAGUAUCUAUGGUUUAAAAACCUAUUUAUAACACUUUUUACAUAUAUGUACAUAGUAUUGUUUGCUUAUUUUGACCUCCAGCUUCUGUAAGCUAAAAACAAAAAAUUUACGCGUCUGCUACAAAAUGUUUUUUUUUUGGUGUGGACAGCCAUUCUAGAAAGGAAAAAAAAAAUACCAAAAAACUCAAAAGUAAGAUCCAAUUUUCUGUGCCUUACAACAAAAUACCAAAUACCUACAGUCUUAAAUCUCAAGUGAUUGUAGCUCGGUGGAGUAAGCCGGAAGGGGGAAGUCACAAGGGACAGAAAUGGCUGCCGCAAGUGUGAGAGAGGCAUUAUGGCACUUCGGCUGUUUUGAUGUGAAAAGGGACACUAUAAUCUAUGCUAGUGUUGUUACACAAUCUCUGGGUCCGUACUGAGAGAGGAUAGGACCCGGGUGUCACUUACAAGGGUAUCUAGGCUGUGAUCCAGCAGACCAGUUGGUCUGGUGGCAUAGCGAGAGAAAGUUACAAUACAAAAGCCAGAGAAGAAAUGAGGUUUGAGAACAUCUUCAGUGUACUGUGCUGACCGCAAGCAGAUAGUACUGUCGAACCUAUGAAAAGUUAAUCUUUUUUGGGAAUAGAAGAAGCAAACCAUGUUUGAUUAUUAACAUGGGCGAAUUUGGGGAAAGCAGUUUGUGGUCAAAUGCUAUCCCCACCUAGGGGACGAUAAUAUGGUAUCAAAUACCAAGCAUGUUUAAAACAUCAUAGUUUGUAGCCAUAACUUUAUACCCUUCCUAAUAUCAUAUUUUGCCUUGUGACCUCAUAAAAUGGCCUAUUUUCCCUUUUAAAUUUGUCUUUGAGGGGCUUGUACUCUUUGGCACCACAAUGACAGUUUAUUAUCAACCCGAUUUGUUACAGAUUACAAUGUGUAAAAAAUAAAAAUAAACCCUAAAAUUCUCACAAUGAAAAUGUUUAACUCAUUAAAUGCCAGAGGUGAGCAGUUGUCUAUUUAAUAACUGCUCCCCCCCUAGUUCUUAAAGAGUUAAAUAAAAGUGCAGUAUAUAUAAAUAUAUAUAAUUUUUUACCAAUGUGCAUGUAUUAUACAUAUAUAUACAGAGAUAUAUAUAUAUAUCUAUCACAAAUGAGGUAGCCAAAGUUGUUUACCAAUUGUUUUGUUUCUGAAAAAAGGCAAAAAAAUAAAAAAACUAAAAAAAAAAUGACAAAGUUUAAAUAGAGCAGUCUGAUGUAUUAAUUGUAAAUUAGUUACAAGUAGUUCCUUAAAAUGGCGGCUAAAAAAGAAAAAAACCAAAGUGGUGCUAUAAUUAACUUUUGAACCAUUCCUUAUAUUUUAACCUCUGUAUAACUUCUGAUCCAAUAACACUUAUUUUUUUGAGAAUAAAACUUUGAAAACUCUGCA